AUGUAUUUUCGUGAUUAUGACCAGUUCACGAAUCAAUUGGUAGAGCGAGUCUGUUUGAACUCUUCGAUCGCCUGGCGGACCUCGCUCGAGGAGACUCCUGUCUCACACUAUGCGAAUAAGCUCCGCAUGAUCAGAACUGCCAUACUGGCCAUUGAUCCUGAGCUGGAACUAUCCGACCCUCUCAUGGUAAUCACAUUUUUACAUGGUCUUGGACCCAAUCACGGAACGUUCAGAAACAAUCUCGAUGCUAGUCGCGAAGAACGUCCGAUCAACAUAGAUUUCGAGGAACUGAUCCAGGAAGCCAUCGAAAAAGAGGCAGGUCAGAGAAAAGAAGACGAAACAGAUCAACGAAAUGGAGACUUUACAGCCAUACGAGGUCCCCUCAACGGCAAGAUCAUUGUUGAAGUUGACUAUUGUGACCACUGCAGAAUCCCUUUCCACUCGACUACUAAUUGCUCCGAGCUCCAUCCUGGACUGCGAAGUGAACAGACUCGCAAGCGUAGACGCGAUGGAAGAGAAAUGACGUUCGACGAGAUGAUAGGGUAUAGGCACGCUGCAGUCUGA